AUACCAGUCGAAACGCGUAUUUUUCCAUGCCUGCUGUUUCAUUCGCCGCUUCGGUUUUGAUUUCAUUUGAACACCUGAUUAAUUUCAAUUAACAAUUGUCGCUUCUAAGUCUAAGAAGCUGUAACCUUUUCCCGUGAUUGCUUGGGAACAUUUGCAAGAAAAGGUGUGUUUCCUAUUUCAGGGAAUAGCAGCAUCAUAGUUCCUGCCGUGGCUGUUGCAAAAAUCUCGCCAAGGAAGGUUUGAGGCCAUCGCUGAUACUCAAUCUGCCCCUGCCAUUUCUAUUAAUCUGCCAUCAUCACCCUGGAACAUUACUUCGCUGUAAUGUAUACAUUAUCAUCGCUUUCUUCGUGCAUAUCAUAGCAGCCACUGUAUUCAUAUUCUACUCGACGAACCCACUGUCACCACACUUUUCGGGAAGCAUGUCCUCUUUAGUUCUUGUUCCCAAUCCGCAAACAUGGAUCCUGCCUAGGAGACCACUCAAUUGGAGAAAUCAGAGGUCCUUUCCGAGGUUUCAGUCGCUGCCACCCGAAUUACGAUUGAUGGUAUGGGAGUUGAAUCUUCCUGGACCACGCCUCGUCGACGUGAAUUAUAUCCCCAAGACUGGCGAGUUCUACACCACUACGGCAUCACCGGUCAAUCUUCUCGUUUGUAGGGAGUCCAGACGAGAAGCAUGGAAGAACUGGACUCUUCAUUUCGGAACUUGCGGUCAUCCUCCUCUGAUUCGAGCGAAUCUUGACAUUGAUACUAUCCAACUAGACUGGUUUCCUAUCCGCCUCGGUCUCGUUGAUAAGCUCGACGUUUCCCGCCUUCGAUUUCUCGAGAUUGGCGGCAAGGAUCUGCAAAGGGAGCACGAGUAUGAUCCGCAAAGUCCAGCUUUACCGGAGUCGCGGACCAGGAUAGCUCGCCAGCUGCUUACAUUUCCUAAACUCGAAGCCAUCACGAUGGUCUCGCCGCCUCUGUCUAGACAUUUUCUUCCCUUCGACAUUGCCCGUGAUCGCCUUCCUUGGCAACAUGCUGCACAAACUAUGGAGUUCCGACGUCGGCGGGCAAUGACCUAUUCACAUCACUUAAAGUUAGCAUCGGCUUUGCGGAAGGAAAAGGAUACAUUGAUCGCUCAGGGAAGGAAGGUUCCGAUUCUUAGUUUGGUAUUGACGGAGGAGGAUGGUACACGGUUUGGUCCGUAUAUCUAUCCGUGAGACUGUGAGAUGGGUUGGUGGUACCAUGUUGGGAAAGAGCGUUAGCUCUAUGACUCGGAAGUCUGUUUCGGUGAAGAAGAUGCUGUAACAAACCUUGUUGGAAGCAAUACGGAUCACUCUGGUAUGGACGGACUUUCAAGUUUUCGUGCCUUUUGGACAGCGAGGCCAAGCGUAUUUUUCCAUAGAAUUCCAGG